AUGACUCUUGUGCGCGCUAUCAUCACCUUCGUGAUAACGGUCUCCGUUCUGACCUUUAUUGCUUUCUUCGGUCGCACUCCAGCUUUUAGAAACACGCCCAUUGGCUUCUGCUACCGCCUCCUUGUCCACCGCAUUCCCUCCGCGUUAGGUGCCCUCGAUGUUCUUCUCACGGGUGGGCGCAUUACUAGCGGUGGCUCCCGUCUGGGCCACCAUCUCAUGAAUGAGAAGCACCCGGUGGUCAUGAUCUUCUUCCUCGGACUCAUCACAAUAUCAGCCAGUCUGCUCGUGCCUACCGUGUGGGACCUGCUCCCUAUACAGCAUAAGUUCCUCGUUGUUAUCUUGCUUCCGCAACCAUACUACUUCACCUAUCUAUGUGCAAAGAGGAACCCCGAAUCCAUCGUUACGGAAUUGAAUCAUGCAGCGCAAAUGCGGCAUUAUCCCUACGAUAGGAUCUUGUUCUAUCCGGGGAAUGCAUGCCGAACAUGCAAAUUCAAUAAGCCUGCACGUAGCAAGCACUGCAGUAUAUGCAAGGCCUGUGUCUCCCGAGCCGAUCAUCACUGUGUAUGGGUGAACAAUUGCCUUGGGCGUGGCAACCAUAAGUGGUUCCUCGCUUUGCUUCUCUCUACAGCUAUUCUGUUAGCCUACGGCGCUUACAUUGCAUACUUUGCCUUGAGCCCCAAGGUCCACAAAAACUACGCCAGAUACGAGCACUGGUACAGAUACAGACCAAGCCCCGGAUCCAAUCCUUCCAGCUGGGCUACAUACGGCGAGAAGAAGCUCCACUACUUCCUUAUCUAUGUCAGCAUCUACAUCGACGUAGGCGGUGUCUCUGCAGCAGGUGUCGGACUGCUCGCACUUCUCACAUGGCCGCUUCCCCUCGGCCUUCUGGGCUACCACCUCUACCUCAUCUACGCAGGCAUGACCACCAACGAGAGCUCCAAAUGGGCAGAUUGGGCAGACGAGAUCGCGGACGGCAAUGUCUUCCUCGGCAAACGGAAGCCAGAAACCAUGCGGGACUAUCGCGCCCGAGAGGUGGAUUCCGCGCGGUCUUCGUCCUCAGGAACACCCAUACCCACACCCCCCGAGACCCCACCCGAAGACGAAGAACCACCGACGACCUGGCCGCUAGAAAGUCGCCAUAUCCUCGUGCGCACAACCAAUGGCCAGCCGCCCACAGGCCUCCCACCGCGGAUAAAGUCUGUCGCGGACAAAGAAAGUUUCGAGCGCGUAUGGGAUCUUGCUGCUGUGGAGAACGUGUAUGACCUGGGCUUCUGGGACAGUCUAGUCGAGAUACUUUUACAUUAA